GCUGCAUUGCUGGAGACCACAUCUAGCUCACCCAGCCUCCUAGACAAUGUGCUCAGUGCUUUGAGACUGGAAGGACUUUGCUUUGCAAUGAAGAUGGAGGCAGUAGGAAAAGCAGAAGAACUUGUUGAUUCAGAAACUCCACUAAAGACUUCUGAAAAGCAAGAGACUGCUCCUGAUGAAGACAGGCCUAUAGAACUUGAGACACAAUCUCAGAAGGACAGCGUGUCCAGUGCAGCAGACUCUGCGGUGCUCUCUUCUAUGCCUUGCUUGCUGAUGGAACUGAGGCGGGACUCCUUGGAGUCUCAGCUGGCGUCUACAGAGAGCGACAAGCCAGUAGGUGGCCGAAUUUAUGAGAGUGACUCUUCUAACCACUGCAUGCUUUCCCCUUCCUCCAGUGGGCAUUUAGCCGACUCAGACACGCUGUCCUCCGCAGAGGAGAACGAGCCCUGCCAAGCUGAAGCCGCUGCGGAGGGAGACCCUUCUGCAGUGUCUGGGGCUGCGGCUGGGAGGAAAUCCAGGAGAUCCAGGUCUGAAAGUGAGACUUCAACAAUGGCUGCCAAGAAAAACCGACAGUCUAGCGAUAAGCAGAAUGGCCGAGUUACCAAGGUGAAAGGUCACCGGAGCCAAAAGCACAAAGAGAGGAUCCGGCUCCUGAGGCAGAAGCGGGAGGCGGCUGCUCGCAAGAAGUACAACCUGCUGCAGGACAGCAGUACCAGUGACAGUGACCUGACCUGUGACUCCAGCACGAGCUCAUCAGACGACGACGAAGAGGUUUCAGGGAGCAGCAAGACAAUCACUGCAGAAAUACCAGAUGGACCCCCUGUUGUGGCUCACUAUGAUAUAUCAGACACAAACUCAGACCCAGAAGUGGUAAAUGUGGACAAUCUGUUGGCAGCUGCAGUUGUUCAAGAGCACAAUAAUUCUUUAGGAAAUCAAGACUCAGGGUCUGCCUGGAGAACCAGAGGGCUGCUGAAUGAAAUGAGUGCUGAUACAGGUCAUUUGGAUCCAGGCUUCCUUGCAGGUGACAAAACCUCUUGUGGCAAUGCUCAGGCCAAUGAAGAAAUUAACAUUGCCUCUUCUGAUAGCGAAGUAGAGAUUGUUGGAGUUCAGGAACAUGCCAGGUGUGUGCAUCCUAGGGGAGGGGUGAUCCAGAGCGUGUCCUCCUGGAAGCGCGGCUCGCCGUUUGGGAGCGCCCAGCCCGCGCAGCCGUGGACAGCAGUGGCUCCCCAGCAGAACUGGUCCUCACCCCCAGAAGUGGUGGACCUCACUCUGGACGAGGACACCAGGCGCAAAUACCUCCUGUAAGGCCAUGUCGCUGUGCUCUGCCCCCUCCCCUCCCGUCCUCCCUGGCACAGAAGUUCAGUGGUUAAAACAUCACCUCCAGAGGCCUGUCCUUGGCACCAAGAAACCCAAACCCGUGGCGUUUCUCCAUGUCCACAGGAAUGUAGUCUGAUUUCAGUAUCACUUCAAAUGGUUUUGCCUUCUCUAAGGAGGAUUCCUGCCCACAAUUAACAGCACCAAAUUUAAAACACAUCUGCAGUUACUAAUGUGUGCAUGUAUAUCUAACAACAUAACUGCGUGCAAACUUAUGUACUCCCACCCUCCCCACCUCCCAACUCCAGGAGUUUUUUACUUUAUCAGUAUCUUGAGUUUGUUAGUAGAAGUUAGUGUGUUGCUGUGUGAGCCUCAGUGGUUUUGAGAAAUGCUGUGUCCUCACCGAUUUCAGUGGAACUGGGAGGUAUUCAACACUUCCAAAAUUUGAGCCAGGAGUAUUUUUACCCUAGUUGAUUUGGUUAUGCCACCAGUAGGAGGGAUUGUCUUUAAUGCAAAUGGCUCAUAGCAAAUGCACUGAACAACUUUAAUUAAAACAUUUUUAUUUUCAAUGUAAUUUAUAGUUUAUACUCUUCAGUGCUGAGUCUUCUGUCCACUUGACUACUGUGUUUCACUGGUGAAUUCCCACAGCUUUAAAUGUCUAAAAUAGUAAUAGUAGUGACUUAGGAACAGCUGAACAUUGCAAAAGCACAGGAAAAGGCCAAGAUUCAGGAAACACUUUCUAUCAGAGUAUUUACCCAAAUCAGUGGAACGACUCAGUUCAGCAGGCUGCAGUUUCUGUGGUGUGUAUGGAAAUUCCAGCCCCUUGUCUGUCAUUUUGAGCCUUUCCCAAGGCAAAAAAACCAAAGAUUAGACUUUAACAAGAUGAUAUUAUUCACUUUAAAUGUCUACUUUGCAAUUGAAACAUUCCUUCAUAUUCCAGAUGUUUCUAGUGGGAUAUUUGUACAGCUCUGCCAUUAGAUUUUUACUAUUUAAGCCUGAACAGGGGUGGUCAGGACAUGGGAAGUUCUGCUUUCAUUUCAUGUUGGCUGGUUUUCAAAAUUUAUUUGGCUUCCCUUAAUUUUAUUUGUGGGCAAAAUAAAAAAAUUAAAAUAGAGUUACCUGUGUUGUCACAUAAGGGAAAAACGGCCCAGCAGGGGUCUGUCAUUAGUAACAAACAUCUGUUUCUUCCAUAAGCAAAACAGUUGAUGAUGCACUUUACACAACAGCUAGGUAAGGAUUGAUAUGCCCAUUUCCAGCUUUCUAGAACAUUGAACAUAAGUGUCAUGCAUGGCCAGAAAAAUAUCUGUGGUUUUAGUGACCAAUUCCUUUCUGUGGGAGGGAGGUAGGGGAGCAUGGAUGGAUCCUGUUGGCCCCACAGCAGGGAAAGGCCCUGUGCUGCUCUGCCCAGCCUUUCUUCUCGUGUUUCCAUUAGCUGUAGGCUCACACACCUGCUGUAAAGGUAACUUUGGAACAGCCACCUCCUGUGGCUGCUUCUUCCCGUUUCACAGAGUUUCUUGAGGAUUGGUUAUGAAGAAAGCUGUAGGGACCCCCAUUUGCAGUCCUUCCGUGAAAAAAUGCCAACUAUCUCUCCCUGUUUUUCAGUUGGUAUACGAUGUGACUUCCACGUGUACAUAAAAAAACCUGCCUCCUAACCAAACUUCCUCCAAUUGUGCACUGUGUUUGUUUAAACAGCUCAUGUAUGGUAGUCUGAUGCAGGUUUUCUUUUAUUUAAAACACUAUGUAUUUUAUCUUAACAAAUUUCAAGGCUAGUGAUCUGAAAAAAGCAAGAAAGCAAGCACUGGAUAUAGGUAGGAAAUGGUUUGGUUUUGUUUCCUUUUUUUUUUGGUUUGUUUUUGUUUUUUCUUCUUUUUUUUUUUUUUUUUUUUUAAUUCUGUUUUUUAAAAAGAGCAAAAAUGUGCCUGGGUGAUUUUUGCUCUUCUCAGCAGGACAGAGAAAAGUUAGCCAUUGUAUGGCUGUGAACCAAUGCACUUGGGGCCUGGUCCAGAACCCACUGGGGUCAGUCUGGGGCUGUCUAUUGACCUCAGUGUGCAUUGGCUCGAGCCCUUCAGGGUUUAGCAGUUUUCCUGAAUUGCUGGAGUGUGAACUUGGAAUCUUCUAUAGUGAAGACAAAUCAUUGCUCAGAAUAUAAAUGUUUAAAAUGUGCGGCUCUAGUUAAAAAUAAAAUUUGAUUCUUCUUGACACUCAGUAUUUAGUUCUCAUUUUCCAUCUAGUAUUUAAUGGUCUUUGGAGAGAAAUAAUAAUAAAACAGAGUGUUAUAUAUAUAUAUAAAUAUAUAUAUUUUUGGUGCAAGAUGAGACCUUCUGUUUUUUUGAAACAAGUCUGUAGCAUAAAGGUUAAACUAUUUUAAGACAAAAUAAAAUAUAGUGUAUUAUUUAAGCAA